CAUGACUGCACCCGACCCAUAUCCCACCCGCUCCAGACAGUCGUCACUCACACCUGCCCUCGACGAUGCAUGGGUGUCGGAAAACGAAUCAGAGCUCUCGGUACCGGUCAGCACUCCUUCAAGACCAAAGACUCCUCGGCGAAGGGCUGUCAAGUCGACUCCUACUCGCCGAGAGCCUAUUCAGACGAAAUCGCCCGUCAAGAGGGGGUCUAUGUCUAGCAAUGCUGGCAGACCGAGGAAGAAAUUGGACGAUGUGCAGCGACUCCGCACUCCCACAAUCCCCUCGCCAAGUUCCCCCCCUAUUCAAACGCCACCCGCCCCGAACCUGUUAUCAUCUCUCCCCUCUCUCGAAUCAACACUACGCUACGUACUCGCGCCGAUACGCAUCCUCAUGGUACCAAUCAACAUGGUAGCCUCGCCCUUUAUUGCACAUUUCGUUAAUGCCCUCAUCCUCGCGGCGUUGGCGUGGACGGCGUGGGUGUUGGUCGUGCCCCUCUUGCCGGGGCUUUUGUGGAGGCUUUUGAGGGGCAUGAUGGGGGGUGUGAUGGGGAGAGAUGGAGAGCUGCGGAUAUCAGGAGAGCUUGUCGGGCUACCUUUGGCAACACUAGCUACUCCGACAUGCGCCCUCACCGGUCUAUUCUGCCGUCAUUCCCUCUUCACCACUUCAUCCCCUUAUUCCUCGUCCUCUACCGACUCUCAGUCAUCUCGCCAGCUAUCCGCACAACAAGCUCGACCAUUCUGGUUAUGGUUCUCUUCCACAACACCGAAAGAUGAGGUUGAUGUAGGGGAAGCAGCGAGGGUGUUGACGAAGGAGGUACAGAGGGCGAGAGAUAUCUUUGAUAGCGUGAGACUGGUGGGGGAGGAGAGCGUGGCGCCUAUGGAGUAUGUAAGAGUAUGGGAGCUAGGCUCGGCGUUGAUGGCGCGAGGGAGAGUAGAUGCGGAGAGUCACAAACUCGGGACUAUGGUCAUUGAACUUGGAGAUGAUUGCCGAGAUCUGGUAGAUGAAAUCAGUUACAUUGACUCGAAAAGUGUCAACGACUUUGGAUGGAUUCAGUGGGAGGUACGUCUUCUCCCCUUCCUUUGGUCAACUACAUCUCUCCCC